AAUUUGUUGUUGGAUUGCAUACUAAAAUAAGUUUACUCAAAUACAACUCUGAACGCUAUGUAUUCGGUUCGUCAUAACUGAUCAGCUGAUUUCUGUUUACAUCAGUUUGCUUUUGUGUUGUGGUUACAUUUGUGUUUAAGUUUAAAUUACUUUCAAUUUUCUAUUGUCGAGGGUUUUCGGAAUAAUGGAGCAAUAUAAUGUUAUACAGACAGAAGCAAAGCUGGUGCGUUCCAACCCAACCAGAAAGUGGCUGUUUGAAGAGGAAAAGUCGUCGAUUGAAUUUUUGACAAAAACACGGAAAUUUGAGAAGCCAUCGUCUCAAAUGUAUUAUAGACGAUUCGCAAAGGAAAGCAACAUUGCGGUGGACUGGAAGCUGACACGCUCGAAGGUUCGUUAUAUGCGUACAACAUAUAACAAAACAAAAGCAUGGGAAGGCUCGACGGGUGUGCAGAGAGUAUGGAAGGCGAAACUAUGUAGGCCACUUUACUUAAAAUGUGUACGUUUUUUUAUGAAAAGGAUGAAAUUUUCCGCUGUAGAGUGGUUGAGUCAGCAGUAAUCGACGAGAGUUUGGAGAACAACGAAAAUUAUUCGGAAGUAGACCUAUACGAGUCUUCUGCGGCUGUAUGCGAAGGCGAAUUUAUAAAUAAGACAAUUCGUAAAGGAAUAUAUUCCAGAACUGCGGCAUCAGAUAUUCUGCAAUUUCAGUCUGAAAUGAUACAGCUGAAAAAGCAGAAAAUUGAGCAUGAAAUGAGUUUUAAGGAGAAAGAGUUGGAAUUAAGAGAAAGGGAAUUGAUGAUUAAAAAAAAAAGAAGUGGAUUUAAGGGAAAAGCAAGAAUUAUUUCUAAAAGACAAAGAAAUGGGGAUGAAACUACAAAUAUUGGAAAGUAAUGAAAAAUUAAAAAUAAUGGAAAUACAAAUGAAAGAAUGGUUGACAAUGGAGGAAUCGAAACACAAAUCCAAAUAAGUGCAAAGGAACUUUAAAUUACCUGAAGUGAAUUAAUGUACCUGAAGUUUAUUUUUAAUAAUUACUUUUUAUAUUAAUUUUUUAAUAAAAAAACAAAAAAACAUUUUUACAUAUGUACUAAUUAAACUAAUGAAUAGUAAAUACUUGUAUACGUUUAAAUAAUGAUGUAUUUUAA